UUGGGAGGCACCACGAAAAAGAAGACGAAGAAGAAGGCGACCAUGUUGAUUUAAAGGAAAAACACAAUAGACGCGAUUUAUUUCAAGUAUAUUUCAGCUAUUAAAGCGCUCGGAAACAUCGUAAUUCGAAAACAACGCGAAAUUAUGUCUCUCUUGUGAAUUACCGGAGAACAAAGGUGGCACAUUUGACUAGUUGACUAGCUUGAGUGGGAAGCACACUGAUCACAGUUGACCUCCAAACCUGAAGGUUCUCGACAGGUCAACCAGCUGGAGCAGUUGGGAAGCACAUACUGUGGACUAGAAAGGGUGGAAAGCUUUUUGGCUUUGGACUUGAUCUCCCUUGUAUUUGUGAUACACAUCUGACGGUAACAAACCGAAGAACAUAUAAUUUUUUGGGAAAGACCUGUACAAAACUGGACAUUUUAUUUUCCCCAAGAAGGAGGACACUGCGUAAAUAUUGUGGACUAAAAAAAGAAGAGAGAAAUACUGUUAAACAGAAGUGGAUUAUAUUAGGAUUAUAUUGAAGAACCUGUUACUAAAGUACAGAGAUUGCCUUAGUUGUUCUAUUUCAGGACUUGCGCCACAUUUUAUACUUGUUCACGUAUAAUUUUCUAUAUUGUGAGCAAGUAUAUUCAUGCAUUUGAAUGCAAAUUUCUCUUCAUUUUGAAGAGUUUCUUGUGUACAAGUUUGUCUUUUGCGUUUCUUGUACGUCAGCCACUCUUUUUUAAGGGGAACUGCGCGUACGUGUGUGUAUAUGUAAAUAUCACCAAUUGACUGCUGAUGUAAAAGCUAUUGGCUUCAUAGAGAAUAUUGUUUGUUAAUGCUUUAUUAAUAUUUUUUACCUUUUUGAAGAUCAUUUUUAGUAAGAACAAUCUAAGAGGCAAAUAUCGUAAUAAUCUUGAGAGAAGAUUGUUAUAAAAAAACAAAACAAGAAGAAAAGAAGAGAAAAAAAAAGCAAUGGCAGCGGCCAGAACAGAAAAUGUUGGCCCACUCGUCAUGGGACUGAACAAGCAGAACGGGCAGCUCAGAGGACAGACCAAACCAGCUUCAGUCCAGCCAGGACCCGCAAUUCAAGGAAAGGGACUGGGUGCGCUCCAGAAACCAGGAGGUGCGUCUCAAGAAGGAGGGGGCAUUAAAUUUGGGGACGACUGGAAAAAGAGCCUACAGCUCCCUCCCAAAGACAACAGGGUCAAAACCUCAGAUGUGACAAGCACGAAGGGGAAUGAAUUUGAGGAUUAUUGCCUGAAACGAGAACUUCUGAUGGGCAUUUUUGAGAUGGGCUGGGAGAAACCAUCUCCAGUGCAGGAGGAGAGUAUUCCCAUCGCCUUGUCUGGAAGGGAUAUUUUGGCCCGGGCUAAGAAUGGAACCGGAAAAAGCGGCGCCUAUCUCAUCCCAUUGCUGGAAAGGAUAGACCUCAAAAAGGACCAUAUCCAGGCGAUGGUAGUAGUGCCUACUCGAGAGUUGGCACUGCAGGUGAGCCAGAUCAGCAUUCAAAUCAGCAAACACAUGGGAGGAGUCAAAGUCAUGGCCACCACAGGGGGGACCAACCUCCGAGAUGACAUCAUGCGCCUGGAUGAGACUGUGCACGUGGUCAUUGCCACACCUGGUAGGAUUCUGGAUUUGAUAAAGAAAGGAGUUGCAAAGGUGGACAAAGUCCAAAUGAUGGUGAUGGAUGAGGCUGAUAAACUGCUGUCUCAGGAUUUUGUGGUGCUCAUCGAGGAUAUCAUUAGCUUCCUGGCCAAGAACAGGCAGAUCCUUCUCUACUCUGCAACCUUCCCGAUCAGUGUGCAAAAAUUCAUGGCCAAGCACCUGCAGAAACCAUAUGAGAUCAAUCUGAUGGAGGAGCUGACUCUGAAGGGCAUCACUCAGUAUUAUGCCUACGUCACAGAGAGACAGAAAGUGCACUGCCUUAACACUCUCUUCUCCAGGCUUCAGAUCAACCAGUCCAUCAUCUUCUGUAACUCCACACAGCGAGUGGAGCUCUUAGCUAAGAAGAUCACACAGCUGGGCUACUCUUGUUUCUACAUUCACGCUAAGAUGAUGCAGGAAUAUAGAAACCGUGUGUUCCAUGACUUCAGAAACGGGCUGUGCAGAAACCUGGUGUGCACCGAUCUCUUCACUCGGGGUAUAGAUAUUCAGGCCGUCAAUGUGGUCAUCAACUUUGACUUCCCGAAGAAUGCAGAGACAUACCUCCACCGUAUUGGAAGAUCAGGGAGGUUCGGUCACUUGGGUUUGGCCAUCAACUUGAUCACAUCCGAAGACCGCUUCAACCUGAAGACCAUCGAAGACCAACUGGUGACCGACAUCAAGCCCAUUCCCAGCAGCAUCGACAAGAGCCUCUAUGUGGCCGAGUUCCAUUCCUCCAGCGCCGAUUGCGAGGUGGAGGAAGUCCUAGAGAAGUCGGGGCGCCCACAGGACAGCGGCUAAACCUGGACAGCAGGACUCACCCCGGCUUUUGCACACAGGCUUCAGGCACCUCUUCAACGUUACAUUUGCUUUCACAGCCUACUAAAUGGCUGUGAAAGCCUUUUUGUUUUCUUUUUUUUUGUUUUACUUUGUCUUUGCUUUUCAUCAGAGCUCUGUGACGGAAAUGGGAACUAUCUUGAUUUGCAUCCACUCCAAACCGAUCCUUGUGUACUGCAUGGAGGGCUUUGUCAUGCUAAAUCUGAUCAAAUCUGUUAUGAACCCGUCAUUCUUAAGAGAUUGACAAGCAAGCAAGCACCGUCCGUCUCUUAAGUGUCAAAAACACCAGCCAUCGUUCAGUACACUGUUGUUACCACUUAAGUGCCUUACUUCCUCCCAUGCAUUUUUUUUGUUCAUAGACUGAAUGAAAUAAUAGCUCAUUGACUUUUAACACAUCUAUUAUGCAACAAUAUCUUUUCCAUGAGAUGUGUCAAAACUCCGUAUAUAUUUAAUGCAAACGUUGCAAUAGAAGCAUCGGUUUUACUUAAAAUAGCAUGUGACUGUUUUCACCCAUUCCAGUGACGAAUACAUGCAGAGGAGUUGCACGGAUUUUUCUGCAACCAUCACAACACUCUUUCAGUUUCAUUGCGGCCUUCUGCUGUUACUUGGUACUCGUUGCCGUGGGGAUCUUACACAUUCAGAAGAAGAAAACUAUGGCAGGUUAAUUUAAAAAAAAAAAACAUAAUAAACACUCAGCCAAGACCGGUUCAAAACAGUAUUGAUUACAGAAUGUUUAGCUACACAGGAUAAUUAGGGAUGUCGGUGCAAAACAGUAGUUUAUCUUAUGUUUUUUUUUCCAUUUGCAAUACGGACCCUUAAGAUUGAAUUGCUUCAUUAACCCUUUCUGCAGCCCUCAAGAGUUUUUUUUUUUUUUUUAAUUUUAAAGUCCCAGUGUGACAAACUGAAGUAGGUGAAUGUAUUUGCCGAUUGCUGCUGUAGCAGCUGAACGUGCUUUGCUUCAGUUCCAUCGACCCCUUCUUUCAGCUUGUUAUCUACAGCUGCACCCAUACAUUGUUCUUAUGUUACCUUUUGAUGAGGAGAGGGUUAUCUGUAUAACGUGUGGGUGGGUGUCUGGAUUUGAAAGCGAAAUUGUAGCAUCUUUGAAGAGGCAGCUGUGACUUUUUUUUUGUGCAUCCUUUCUUAACCGAGACAAAAAAAAGUACUAAAAAAAACUAUUUUUUUUUUUUGCUUGUACUGGGACUUCAGCAUUGGGGUUGGGUGGGUUAGUACUUAUAAUGUUCAGUUAAAUGAUGGACCAGUUGAUGUUCAAAUUGCUUCCCUUCCAAAGUACACACAAUAUUAGAUAUCCUUUUUUUUUAAAAAGUUACGGAGCAAAAACUAAAUUACUGAAAAGCGUUUAAUAUCUACAAUCUUGAACCUGUUCAGGGGAUGGACGAUACAUUUUGUUGUUUACAAUUAAAAAAAAAAAAGAAAAUAUGAAGCAAACUUUGCUUGGGGUACAUGGGCAAAAGCGCUUGUUUUUUGUUUUUAUUUUUUUGUUGCAAUGCAUUUUCAGGAUUUACACUGAAGCAAAACCAAAAAAAAAAGGAGAAAUUGGAACGCUUGGUGUGUCGUAUGCCUGCAAAGGUGUGAAGUGAGUGAGAGUACGGUAUGUUUGUGUGAAAAUCACAUUUAUAUGCGCCUUCGACUGCACUGGGCUGACUGUACUAUCUUGCAUUUACAACCUGCAUGGUUGUAUAUGUUAAAAAAAAAAGAAAAAGUCAGUCCUGUUGUCAGUUUGAGGUGCCAUGUAAAUGUAAGUCUGUUUUUUUUUCCCCCCUCAACUUUCAUGUUGAAUUUUGUGAUACAAAAUGUCUUAAAUCCGAUUGAUACUUGGGUAACUCCAGUGACAACUUUUAUUUUCCCCAUACAUUUGUUUUCAUUCCAUGACCUCCACUGUGACCCACAGAUUUUCUCCCAGGCCUUUUCUUGUUUAAAAAAAAAUCUUACCAUAAUUUAAUUUUGAUUAAUUUUGUCUCCCUCCUUUUAAUGAAUUAAUAUAUGCAGUUUGCAUUAAGAUAUCUCACAACCUAGCGGGUGGUCACAUUGGAGGUCAAUUUGAAUGCAAUUAUGAAUGUCUGCUUAUGUUUGUUUUUGUCAACUGAUUUAAAGACAUUUCAUGUUUAUGUGUGUGUGCAUGCACUUGCCCCACGGGGUCAAGUGUACACAGCCUGUUUAGUAAAUGGGCACAAAAUUGCAAUUUAAUAAUUGCUGCUUCAGGUACAAUUUGGUCCUAGGUGAUUAAUUACAAAGGCUAAUAUUUCUUUCUGCAGCUGAAGCACUAAUGUAAAACCCAGCCAUGCUUCAGGGAAAAAUUGUUAAACUCUUAGAUUUGUUGUUGUAAGCCGAGAAUACGUUUACUACUGAAGUUCCUGCAGCAAGAAUAUAAAGUGUUGAAUUGGUUAUGAGCGUUAUAACAACACACAUGGAGGAGUGGUAACCUGAUUCUGAAUUGCCUGGCAAAUACGUCAUCGGCAGUGUUGCAGUGUUUUUCUUCCAUGUAAUGAAUGAAACCAUUUGGGAAAUUGGGUUAAAAUAGACUAAUGUCAAAGUAAAAUUUGUGUUUUGAGAAUGUCAUCUUUGUACUUGUUUUUGUAAUGAAUUCAUAUUUUGUUCCUGUUAUUUCCUGACAAAAUGCAUUGAGGGAUGCAAGGUAAUUCAGUGGAAAAGUGUUGCUCACUCUGUCCUCUGCUGUUGUAAUUUGGAACUACAUGCAGGGGUUGUGAAAUUCAAUAAACUCAGUUCAAAUUUG